AUGGUGGGAGAAUUUACACUGGGUCUGCCUCUCAACCUGUCCGUUCUCUACAUCUUCAUCUUCAGAUACAAGUUCUGGAAGAACAAAGCGAUCUUCUUGUUCAAUAUUGUGGUUGCUGAUUUCUUGCUGGUGGGCUGCCUUCCUUUCAAGAUCCAUCAUUACCAGCACAACUUGAGGCGCAGUGAGGGCACUGUGCUUUGUAAGAUAAUGCUCUUCAUGCUGUUUCUCAAUCGAGGAGCCAGCAUCGCCUUCCUCAUCACAAUGUCCCUCGAUCGCUACUUCAAUGUGGUCCAUCUUGGAAGGAGAAAUUUUGUCAACGUGUUUAAGAAAUCUCCUCAGAUUUCUGUCGUCAUCUGGAUCCUCUUGCUUCCCCUCACCACUCCUACUAUGGUCACAACCUUUGAGUGCUGCAACAGCCACGGACGGGAAAAGGAGACAUUCUUACAUGAUGUGACGGACACCUUUAGAGAGAUUGUUUUCUUCUCCCAAAUCAUCAUCCCCUACAUCAUCCUCGUCUACUGCACGGUCCGCAUUGUCAGCCGGCUGAGGAAGAAGACGGUUGGGGAGAAGACUAAGCUGAGGAGGGCUGUGUGCUUAGUCACAUCUGUUGUCGUUGUCUUCUCCUUCUGCUUCCUUCCCUGCACUAUAACUAGAGCAGCACUGCUGUUUGUGCGGCUGAAGAACUGGCAGGAUGCAGAAAACAUAGCUGUCCAGGUGUACGACGCCCUCAUGGUUUUGUCUUACAGCGACUGCCUGCUGGACCCGUUGAUUUACUGUUUCUGUAACUCAGGGUUUAAAGAUGUUUACAUAUCUACCUUUUGCCCUGUAUUUAUCCAGAAGAGACUGACAAAUUCUGACUCUGGCACCCCAAACACAACAACAUCGAACCCUAAAGAACCUCUCAUUCCACCUCUCAUGCCUGAGAGACCAUGGCAGGCCGUGGCCUCAGACCUCUUCACCUGGCGCGGACGAGACUACAUAGUAGCUGUAGACUAUUACAGCCGCUACUUUGAGCUCGAAAGGCUAUUCUCCACUACUGCAGGGUCAGUCAUCAAAAAGCUCAAGGCUAUAUUUGCCAGACAUGGUAUACCAGAGAGGCUUAUUUCAAAUAAUGGCCCACAGUACAGUUCUCGAGAGUUCAAGGACUUCGCAGUCACAUGGGACUUUGUCCACAUAACCUCAAGCCCUUUGCAUCCACAAAGCAACGGCCUCGCCGAAAGAACAGUCAGAUGA